AUGCGCACAGUAGACCCGGCCGUCUGGUCCAAGUACAAGGCCAAGAGCGGCGUGAAGCUGAGCUGGCAACAGGCCGAGAGUCUGGAGGAGAGGCUGCGCAGGAGUCUGGUGGACGCUUUCAAGGAGUACGUCACGCACUGCACGAUCAAGGGCGUCAGAUUCGCGACGGAUAAGGACUCUCCGACGGCUAUGAGGAUCAUCAUGCUCCUCCUCAUGAUCUGGGGCUCGUCGUGGGUGGCGUUCAACUGCUACAGGGCGCGCGUGCGUCCUCCGCUGCAGAUCAACCUCCAGGAUAGCGAGGGCGCGCCCUCCGUGCCCUUCCCGGCCGUCGGUAUUUGCAGCAACUGCCUCGUCAGCGAGAAGGCACUCGAGCUCUAUGCUGAUGAACUGGUUGCAAAAGAUAAUAACAGAUCACUCUCGAGAGAGGACAUAAAGACCUAUCUAAAGAACUUCGGAGCGAUGAUCACUAGCUCCCGACCGAAGAAUGAGGACCUGCAGUUUCUACGCUUCCUUUACAAGAUAGAUAACAACUUUAACAUAACCGAUCUUAUGUAUAAGCUGGCACCUAAGUGUUCUUCCAUCCUUAAGAAGUGUUCCUGGCGCGGCCGCCUGAUUGACUGCCAGAUCAUGUUUGCAGAGAGGGCCACUCCCCUCGGCUUCUGCUGUGUCUUCAACUCUAGAUACUACCCAGUGGAUAUGAAUAACGGAGCAAAGACACUCGACAGGACCGGCGUGAACCAUGGACUGCUGGUGGUUGUGAAGGAGAACCCUGAUGACUUUGCGGUCAUCCGACGCCCCACUCUAAUCGGUUUGGAUGUGAUGGUGUUCGACGGCGAUGAAUACCCGCUACUGGAAAGCGGCGCGGUGCGCACGUACUGCGCAGGAAUCAACGACUCAGUCUACUUCAAGCUGGAGGCGCACGCGCAGUACGUAGCUGACUCCGUGGAGUACUUCGACGAGGAGAGGCGAGGAUGUCGAAUCAGCCAGUCCCCUCGUAGUAGUUUCGCCUGGUGCCUGACAGAAUGCCGCCGCGCGGUCACCAUGGCGAUAUGCAAUUGCGUGCCUUUCUACCUGCCGCGCAACGCCACCGACAUCGUCUGCACCACGGAGCAUCUUCAGUGCUUGUACAAACAUAGGGAGAAGAUGAGGUACUACUACCCGGGGGACAUGCAGGACGCCAGUCUGGGCGAGGAGCUGCAGGACUCGCAGUCGUGCCCCGCCUGCGAGCCCGACUGCGCGCGCAUCUACCACUCCGCCAACGCUUUCCACACGCUCUACUAUCGCUCCGAGAAGCUGUUCAGCAAUCAGUUCAGGUGA